AACAUCUUUUCCUCUUAUUCUUAUUAUAAGUGAAGCUCAUAGUAUUGAAGAUUUUGAUGAAUAUGUUGGCAAAGACAGUUUUCAAAGUUUAAAUUUGCGUUCAAUCCUUCCAAAUGAUAUCAUAUCAUCAAACCAAUGUACAACUAUAGAGUUUCUACCAAUUAACAAUACACAAAUGGAGAGGGGUCUUAAAUUAUUUAUUAAUAAGGUUUAUGUCAAUGAUUUCGAUAAAAAAGACGAUGCCCUACAAUUAUGUCCACUUCUAGCUAAACAAUGUCACGGUGAUAUACGCUUGGCCAUCAAUACUCUUCAAUUUUUAAUGGUUGAAGAUCCUAUCAAAAAUCUUGGAGGUGCCCGAGCAAACUCUCAUAAAAAACUUGGCAAAGGAACUCAAGGGACACGAAAACGAAGAAUCACAAUGACUCUGGAUUCAACUUUACGGACACUAUUUGACUCAGUUACGUACAAUGAACUUAUAACCGAUCCAUUUAGAGCAAUCGGAAGAAUUCUUUACAACAAGAGAACAGAGGAUUCUAAUGAUGAGGUGCAUAAAGAAAUUCAACAAAAAAUUAACUCGCUUCAAGAAAAGUUAGUACACCCGCGCGAGAUCCGUGAGCGGAUGCCGUUAAUGUAUACACCUGAAUCAACAUUAGAUAAUAUGUGCACGGAGUAUCACACUUAUUUGUGUAUGCUGCGAAACUAUUAUCCACAUUUUUACGGAAACAUUUUGGAAUGUCAAUUCGCAUCGGAAUGCUUAAGUGACGCGGAACUGCUGAUGAAUAAUCAAGAUUUUAGAGUCGGGAUAAAGCUGACGCCAACUGCUGCGAUCAUUGCAUCACGUGGCUUGCUAUUUGCGCAUAUACAAUGUCUUGACAAAAAAAAGCCUGUAUUUAAUAAGAUACCAUCGUUAAAAGAUUUCCGGGAGGAGCGUUUUAAAAAUGAAGCCAACUUCCAAUAUUUUCUAAGGGAACCAACGCGACGAUUAACAUGCAAUGACACUUGGAAAAGUGAGAUGGUCCCACUUAUGGGUAAAAUGGUCCAUGGUCUUCAAAUGGAUAAUCCAAGAAAGCGGUUUCUUGAAGAAAUUGUUUCAUAUGAUAAAAGUUGUUUUUAA